GACACUUAUCACACCACUUGGGUUUUAAGUGGGUAUUAGCUUUUUUUGUCUCCUGUAUCAUUUGUUCUGACACUAAGUUGAGUACCCUUUUGUUUAGCACUUGGGAUUCCCAAAUCUGUUGGUUGGGUUUUUUUUUCCACUUCAGCUGUGUGAUCUCAUGUCCUGAAUCUUCAAUUGGAUUCUUGAUCUUCUUCACAAGCUAUGUCUGUUUACUUUGUUCUUAAUCUUAACUACAGCAGCAGCUGUCAUCUUAGAAGUUGUAUUUACUGGGCGAAGAGCGGGCUAUGCGUGUGGCCAGGCAUGAAACAUCUUUGCUUGAGGAAAGGACUUGCAUAUGGGUUUUUACGUUUCCUGUCUAUUCCUUUCAAGACCUUGCGGGGUGCCAGUAGAACUCUCAAAGUUACUCAAUUUUGCAACGUGUCUAACAUGUCCUCCUCUGUACAGAUUGAAUUGAUACCAUGUCUCAAGGACAACUUUGCAUAUCUUUUACAUGAUGUGGAUACUGGGACAGUCGGAGUGGUUGAUCCUUCUGAAUCCCGUCCUAUAAUUGAUGCUUUGAGUAGGAAAAACCGAAAUCUCACCUACAUAUUAAAUACCCAUCAUCAUUAUGAUCAUACUGGAGGCAAUGAAGAGCUAAAAGCAAGGUACGGUGCUAAGGUGAUUGGUUCAGGAAUAGACAGGGACAGAAUACCUGGGAUAGAUAUAGCACUCAAUGAUGGGGAUAAAUGGAUGUUUGCUGGACAUGAGGUGCUUGUGAUUGAAACUCCGGGACACACUCGAGGCCACAUUAGUUUCUAUUUUCCUGGCUCUGGAGUAAUUUUCACCGGAGAUACAUUGUUUAGCUUAUCGUGUGGCAAGCUCUUUGAAGGGACUCCUGAACAGAUGCUUUCAUCCCUCGAAAAGAUCAUGGCUUUGCCUGAUGAUACAAACAUAUAUUGUGGUCAUGAAUAUACAUUGAGUAAUUCAAAGUUUGCGCUGUCUAUUGAACCCAACAAUGAAGCACUUAAAAAUUAUGCAGCCCAAGUUGCUCAUCUUCGCAGCAAAGGCAUAGCAACGAUCCCAACAACUUUAAAGAUGGAAAAAAUGUGUAAUCCAUUCCUUCGCACUUCAAGCAUGGAGAUUCGACAGUCUCUAAGUAUUCCAGCUGCAGCAGAUGAUGUUGAGGCAUUGCGAGUUAUCAGGCAAGCAAAGGAUAAUUUCUGAGUUUUUCAAUAGCUGUUUCAGGUUUUGUAUAGAGGUGAGCUUGUGAAUGCGUCUAUAAGUGGUUGUUCAUCCGACUAUUGUAAUUCCAGUAUUGUGAGAUCUAAAUGCUGGAUUGAUUCUUCAAGCGAUUGUUUGUGAAAAUGGCAUAUUGUAAUUGUGAAGAUUUCUCUCCUAUGCUUGAAAGUAUUGCAACAUUUGCUUUCAUGAAUGUGCCUGAAAUGAAGGCUUGCACACCGUGCCUCUCUGAACUGCGAGUGCAUCAUGCACCUUGUAUAGUGAAGAUUGACUGCCGAAGUGAUUUGAUCAAAUCUCAAGGAGAGGCAUGGAUCGAUGGGCUUUUAAUGAGCUUCAAAGUAACAUGUUUUGUGAUUGUGCAAACUAUUAGAAGUCACUUCCUUAAAGAUUUGUUGGGUUUUGGGGUUCGGUUGCGUUGGUUGAGAAUCUUCUUGUGGAUUUUGCUUAGAAA